CGCCGGUCCCAGGGUAGCAAGCAGGGAAGCGCCGCUGGGGAGGAAGGCGGACGGAGGCCCCGGAAGGAGGAGGAAGCCGAGCAAAGGACAUGUAUACCUCUGAGAAACCUUCUCCAACAAGAUACCUUGCUUCAAGACCUGUCUUGGAUUAUAUGCAAAGAAGUUUCCAGUCAUGAGUGCAGAUGCCGAGCAGGAUGCUGCUAUCAAACUUGCCCAAGAACGAGCAGAAAUAGUUGCCAAGUAUGACAGAGGACGGGAGGGUGCGCAGAUUGAACCAUGGGAAGAUGCUGACUAUCAUCUUUACAAAGUCACAGAUAGAUUUGGGUUUCUACAUCCAGAGGAGCUUCCUGUCCAUGAUGCAGCGAUAGAAAAGCAAAAGCACCUUGAAAUUGAAAGAACUACAAAAUGGCUUAAGAUGCUGAAAAGCUGGGAAAAAUACAAGAAUAGUGAAAAGUUUCAUAGGAGAAUUUAUAAAGGAAUCCCACUGCAGUUCAGAGGACAAGUCUGGUCUUUACUACUUGAUGUCCCUAAAAUGAAAGAAGAAAUGAAAGACACUUAUAAUAAAUUGAAGUGUCAAGCACGAGGGUCUUCGCCAGAUAUUAGGCAAAUUGAUCUUGAUGUAAAUCGAACGUAUAGAGAUCAUAUCAUGUUUCGAGACAGAUAUGGUGUGAAGCAACAAUCUUUAUUCCAUGUUUUAGCUGCAUAUUCCAUAUAUAAUACGGAGGUUGGAUACUGUCAGGGAAUGAGCCAGAUCACAGCUUUACUCCUUAUGUACAUGAAUGAAGAAGAUGCCUUCUGGGCCUUGGUGAAACUUCUCUCUGGUCCAAAGCAUGCUAUGCAUGGUUUUUUUAUUCCUGGUUUUCCAAAACUGUUGAGGUUUCAAGAACAUCAUGACAAAAUACUGAAAAAAUUUUUGUCCAAACUUAAGCAGCAUUUGGACUCCCAGGAUAUGUCCACUAGCUUUUACACAACAAAGUGGUUUUUCCAGUGUUUCCUUGAUCGUACUCCCUUUACAUUAAGCCUCAGGAUAUGGGAUAUCUACAUACUUGAAGGAGAGCGGAUUCUCACUGCUAUGUCUUACACAAUUCUGAAACUACACAGAAAGCAUCUGAUGAAAUUACAAAUGGAAGAGCUUGUAGAAUUUCUGCAGGAGUCUUUAGCCAAGGAUUUCUUCUAUGAAGAUGACUUUGUAAUAGACCAGCUCCAAAAUUCUCUAUCAGAAUUGAAACGGGCAAAGCUGGAUUUACCAGUAGCUGGUAAAGAAGAUGAAUUUCCAAAGAAGCCAUUGGGGCAGAUUCCAUCAGGACCUCAGCCUGCUAUGCUUAACUCCACUCCAGUGCUUAAUGGACAGAACAGCACUGGUACACAAACAACAAGGACAGAAAGGAGACCAUCCCCAGAAGAAGAACCAGAAAGUUCACCAAAUAACCGAAAAAUAAUUAAUUCACUGGAAAAGAAACCUUCCGUAAAACAGCAGAAGACUCGACCAAUAGAGGCACAAAGUAGUAUGCCUAAGAAUGAGGUAGAUACCAGAAGAAAGCCUCAGCCAACAGAGCAAGACAACUCGAGACAGUAUAAUAAUGCAGCUGCUAAUCAAAAUUCUAAUGCUACUUCAAAUACAAGAAAGGAAUUUGUACCUAGGUGGAAUAAACCGUCUGAUAUCAAAAUAAUUGAAAAGACAAUGAAACUUACUGCAGAGGUGAAAGGAAGGCCAAUAAACCAUUUGGUUUCAGGCCCACCACAAAAUCCUGGAGAAACGCAGCCUUUGAAUGUAAAGCAAAAGAUGAGGGUUUUGGAUGCUGAUGAAGGUAAGCGAGGGUCUAAUGCAUCUCAGUAUGACAAUGUUCCAGAAGUUGAUAAUGAGAGUGAGAAUCUUGUUGAAGAGACACUUGAGAGAGCUCGUCCGCAGAGCCCUAGGCAUGUAACAUACUCUAAUAGUCCAAGAAAGCAAACUGAAAAAGUACCAGCUCCAUUAAAAAUACCCAAUAAUUACGCCUUCACUUCACAACCCAGAUCUCCAAAAUAUUCAUCGCAAUCUGAUGGAUCACCUCAUGGAUUGAAUGUAAAACAGCCACUGCCAUGUUACAGUAAUCCACCUACUUACCAUGGAAAUUCUCCAAAGCAUGUUUCCAGUAUAGGCAAUACAAGUUCUGUACCUCUACAUUAUCAUGGGAAUCGAACCAGCUCUUCUGGUAGGCCAUAUGGUUCUUUUAUUUCAGUAGAUUAUUCUCCGGAUAAGCUACAAAUGAAUUCCUAUCCUGCCAGUCGCCAAAAUCCCCUUUCACCAACCCCUGGUCAGAUAGAAGUAGCCCCUGUCGAUGCUUAUACCAGCAACUCAAGGUCUCCCACAGGUGUCAAAUUCAUAAUCCCUCCAGUGGAUUAUUUACCAGAAGAUAGAAAGUGGCCAGAUGCUGCAUAUAUUUACAGACAUGAACCCUACAGGCAGCCCUGGGGCCAAGAUGUUAACAAAGGCCACUUGGAUAAUUUCCAGAAAUAUCAGCAUUUUCAGUCAGCACCUUUUCAAGACCAUAGUCUUCCUCCUGCUUCUGUGGAUGGUCCAAUAAGAUACAGGACUUCACCAACCUUUGAAGAGCAUGGUUCACCACAAUACCAAUUUUCAAGCCCGUCAGCUCAAGCCCAACACUAUCGAAAUAGAAAUGAUGGAUUGUCUAUGCAUGAAUCUGUGCUUCUCUGAGAAUCUCUCUAUACUUAGUAAAAUGGCAAGAACCAAAACCAGUUAAACAUUACUGUGUUAGUAGUAGUCCACCUCAGUUCUUCUCUGAAAUGCGGACAGUUUACAUGGGUCUCAGAAAUAACAACACUAUUUCAAAGAUGUUUCAGACUUUCAUUGAAGGCUAGUUGAGUUCUUAGACUUGCAUUGAAGCUAUUGAAAGUGAUCUGAUGCACAUAGACAUAGCAAUAAGAUCAUAUAGACAAUAUGGUUAAUACUGUCAUUGUUCCUUACAUUUAAAUAAUCUGUGUUACAAUCUUUCUGCCUAAAACAUGUAACACAUUUACAAGUUUUAUUUUGACUGACAUUGUUAAUGCACUGUAUAGAUGUGUGCGUGCGCGCGUGUGAGUGUGCACUUAUAAUACACAAAUGCAUAUGGCAGAGAGCUAGAGUUUAAAUGUAAAUGCGUUUAACUUUGGGCAAAGCUUGUGAAGUACUUUUAUUUCAUAUUAAUUUUUCUUUGUAAUUUAUUUGAGAAGUCAUUCAUUUUGAAUGGGAAUUUCUGUCGUUUUUAUACAGCUGCCUCAGCAUCCCAGUAUCUGUUCUGGGCAGGAGAGAUGCUUUGGGAUUAUUAAUUUAAUCUUAUGUGAGGGUUAAUUUCCUCUCCUUUGACUACUGUUUGUCGUUUUCCUCAGCAAGAAGGAGCCAGGCAGGCAAAAGCAGAAGGCCAAAAAUGUCUCUCUAAUCUGGCUAAGAAAUGGUGCUUAAAAUUCAGGGCAGUGUUUAGUUUUUUAUUUGCAUUGAAAGUGGAGAAUUUUUACCUUCUCACCCAAAUCUACCUUCAGAAUGUCGUCCUAUAUGCAAAGUAUUGGAGCACAGUGAGAGUAAUGCCAGAUACAGAAAUGGUGCUGCACUCUUCACUUUUUGUCAUGCUGCGCUGUCAAACUAAACAAACUGGUUGCAGGGCCAAAUCUCACAGGUAUCAGAGCUCGUUGAUGCUCUUGUGAAGUACAUGCAGGAGUCUGAGAUUUGAUCAAGGCUUGAUAUUCCCUGAGCCGUGUGAGUAUGCAGUGUCCCUUCUCUUAAGCUUUGUCAUGUCAAUUCCAUUUUGUUUUGCCCUUUUUUACCCCAAAGAGCCGGUAGGUUCAUGUCUGUGAUUGGACAUGUGCUGCUGUGCUAUCAGGCUGCUGAGAGACUGCGGUGUUUUACACUAAA